GACUAACAAAAUCGAAAACACUGAAAUCAGAGAGAAUGUGAUACCUUCAUUCGAAGAAUGUAGUUCACAGAGACUUGAAGCCAGAAAAUCUUCUCAUCACUCAUGAGAAGACAGUGAAGAUUGCAGACUUUGGAGUCGCAAGGGUUGAGGCGUGCAAUCCAGUGGAAAUGACCUGUGAAACGGGCACAUUGAGGUGGAUGGCCCCGGAGAUCAUGAGAGGAGAGCCAUAUGAUCGCAAGGCAGAUGUCUACAGCUUUGGCAUCAUUCUUUGGCAGCUGAUUACAAGAGCGACACCGUAUGUCAGCAUGAGCGGGCCUCAGAUUGUGAACGAAGUUGCCCGUAAGAUGGUGAGACCGGCCUUUCCGGUUGGCAUUCCACCUGAGCUGGAAAGCCUGCUGACAAGAUGCUGGGCCCAUGACCCCCGCGAUCGGCCAGAUUUCUCCGACAUUGUACAAAUUCUCAAGGAGUUCCAGACGAGUCUUGGAGAUGAAUUUUCAAAGCAGCAGGGUUGCAGUUGUUGCGUCUCUUAGUUUCAGUCGCCAAUGUGCAUGAGAUGGGAAAUGAACUCCACUACUCUCA